AUGAAGGCUCAUCGAGUUGCUCACAAGUUGUGGAGUGAAUGGCAUAGGCAGCUCGUUCUUGCUUUACACUCGCGAAUAGCUGAUGUUUUUGCUGUGGAUAUACAUCCAGCUGCAAAGAUAGGGAAGGGGAUUUUGUUUGAUCAUGCAACUGGUGUUGUGAUUGGUGAAACGUCAGUGAUAGGGAAUAAUGUGUCGAUUUUGCAUCAUGUCACACUUGGCGGAACAGGAAAGGCGUGUGGCGAUCGACAUCCGAAGAUUGGAGACGGAGUAUUGACUGGAGCUGGUGCGACAAUUUUAGGCAAUGUAAAGAUUGGGGAAGGUGCAAAGAUUUUUGUUGGCUCGGUUGUGCUGAUUGAUGUCCCCGCUAGAACUACGGCAGUUGGAAACCUGGCUAAGUUGGUGGGUGGAAAGGAAACACCUGCGAACCAUGAGGAAUGUCCCGGAGAAUCAAUGGAUCAUACUUAUUUUAUCUCAAAAUGGUCAGAUUAUAUUAUUUGAUGCGAUAGUUGAUCUUAUAUCGAAUGCUUUAUGCCAGUUUCAUGGUUGUGCUUUGCCAAAUUCUGCAUUGUGAUGAAGAUGUUCUGGUAAAGAUUUGUGUAUCUACGCCUGUUUGUAAUCUACCAAUGAAACACAUAAAAAAACUAUUAUCAUUAAGCAAUAAGUUGUCUUCGAUUU